AUGACGACUAUUCCGUGGUAUACUAUGCUCGUAGCGUCAAUCAAUGAGAUUAUAUUCGGUCGCGGAUCAAACUACAUGACUAGCCAGGAAAUUGCUGGGUUGACGCCGGAGGCAUACGAAGCCCGAGUGUCGGGAAGCAAAUGGGUGCUUGUGUCGGAAGAGAUGAUGGUGUUGACUGUGUGGACAUGGUACUGGAGCGUCCCGGCUAUAUCUGAUCAAUGCUGGUCGUACUACGACUUUGAAAUCGUUGUUGCUGUUUUUCACAUUGGCUCCGAUAUCACCCUCCUUGCGGUCGCCAUCCCUUUAAUUAUACCGUUGUAG